AUGUACGGGUCCCAAGGCUCUCAGCGACGCCCUAGUGGUGUUCCUGUAUAUCCUAAUCAACAUGGUGUUAGCGAAGACCAUCAGUCUCAGAUGAUGGGUCACAAUCCAUACCAAUUCAGCCACAACCAGCCCUGUCUGUCCCCACUGACUGUGCCCAAUAGCAGCUUGCCACAGCACAACGACUUCUUCAGCGGACCAGUGCCUGACCAUGCAAUGCCAGGGGGAGAUGCUCUGAAUCCCUCACACUCAAAUGAGCACAUGGGAAGGUUGUCAGGCAACAAUUCGAACAUACCAGACAUACCAUUUGCUCCCGCUAGAACACCUUUCUCAUCAAGCAGUGAGCCAUGGUCACACUCGCAUUCCUUGGCACCAAGCAGCGGACAUGACCAUGACUACAAUCAUUUUCAGCGACCUCAAUUAAAUGUGGGGAUGCACCCAUACCAAUGCAGUUCACAUUUCCAGGACCAACCUGGAGAUAUGCAGCGAUAUGCAGGGUCCUAG